CAAAGAUUUUCACUCACCCUCGCAAUGCAACAGUGAUCGAAAGUCAGAGUGUUAUGUUCAGCUGCGAAUAUGAAGGAAAACCAUUAACAACUGUGACAUGGAAAAAAGACGACGAGGUCAUUGCAGAUGGUGGUAGAAUAACAAUCACCAAUCCAAGUGCUGUUGGACGAGCCAACUCUACUUUGACCAUCACCAAUCUUAACAGGACCGAUGAAGGGUUNUAUAUUUGCAUAGUGACAAAUACAGUUGGUGCUUCCGUGUCAAACACUGGAUACUUGACAGUUAACUAUCAACCAAAGAUUUUCACUCUUCCUCGCAAUGAAACAAGGAUUGAAAGUCAGAGUGUUGUGUUAAGCUGCGAACACGAAGGAAAACCAUUAGCAACUGUGACGUGGAAAAAGGAUGGCGUAGUCAUAGCAGAUGGCGGCGGUAGAAGAACAAUCACCAAUCCAAGUGCUGUGGGACGAGCCAACUCUACUUUAACCAUCACCAAUCUUAACUGGUCCGAUGAAGGGUUAUAUACUUGUACGGUUGAGAAUACAGUUGGUACUAUGGUAUCUUUGUCUAACUGUGGAUUCUUGACUGUUAAAUAUAAACCAAGAAUUAUUGUGAAUCUGCAGGACCUUACUAAAAAUGAAAACCAGGAUGUGACUUUGUUUGUUAAAUUCGAUGGAAACCCAAAGCCAAUUGGACUUUGGWCAAAGAUUCCAUUUGAGAAUAGCAGUCGAGUUAAAAUCGUUGUGGGAUCAGCCASCUCUAAUUUGACAAUUACCAAUCUUGACAGAAGUGAUGAAGGAUUCUAUAMUUUCUCAGUAAAUAACAGUAUUGGUACAACACUGGUUCAUUCAUAUCUGACCGUUAACUAUGCCUCAAAACUUUUCAAAAAUCCUUGGAACCGAACUAGAAAUGAAAACCAGAAUGUUACGUUCAGAUGUGAAUACGAAGGGAAACCAUUAACAACUGUGACAUGGAAAAAAGAUGGAGAAACUAUUAUAGUUAGUCCUAGAAUACWAGUCACCAAUCCAAGUGCUGUGGGACGAGCAACCUCCACUUUGACCAUCAAACAUGUCUACAGGACUGAUGUAGGGUUCUAUACUUGUGCGGUGCAAAACGCAGUUGGUACUGUGGUAUCUCCUUCGAACACUGGAUACCUAACUGUUAACUAUUUACCCUCCUGUGAUCAGAGCUAUUUUAUAGCAAAUCAACAAUGURYGUCAGUUCGUCUUGACGGCUACCCUGCUCCUACCAUCACUUGCUCUCCGAAAGAAAACCUCGAUGUCGUACCACAAGACACUGUAUUUGUGCCUUCUCAAUAA